GAGUCAGGCAGGGUCAAAUAGGGAGACAUGGCGACGGAGCCAGGCAGUGGGUGAGUGAUUUCUGAAGGCGUGAAGGUGUGAGGCAGUUGAUGACCGCGGUCAGCCGUGACACAGCCCCCAAAGGGGUGGGAGGUUGACUUCUCUUCCGGCUCCGGCCGGACUCCGAAUGGGAACGUCUGACAUCUACAUCCUCCCACCCGGGUUAGAGGUGAGAGGUCAGAGGCUGCGGCCCCUCUCUGGUGUUCGGACCUCAGGUACUGUGUGGAAAGCAGUCAGGAUCCGAAGUCAAAGACUCAGCUUCCGGCUACUUACAGAGUAAUGGCCCAUCUUCGGAACAAGAUCUGGGAACUACAGUCCAGCCUCAGGCUUCAACUUAGUUGGAGCUUGAGAUCCUGAGAGUCUCCUGGACGGCAGCCUUGCAGAGAAAGUACUUUGACCUUGGCAUCCAGACAUCUCCCAUCUCCCCAUGGCCCUGACAAUGCUGAAUGAGCUCCUGAUUGAGGACCCAAACCCACCUAUGCUGCUGUAUCAGAUUAGCAAGACUGCUGAGUUAGAUACCCUCAACUACCAGAGCUGCUUUAUGCAAGGUGUCUUUGCCCAUUUCCCUGAGAUCUUAUUUAUCCACCGGACCUAUAACCCAGUGGGCAAGGUGCUAUAUACCUUCCUGGUAGAUGGACCUCGGGUGCAGCUGGAGGGUCAUCUUGCCCGGGCGGUCUACUUCGCCAUUCCCGCCAAGGAGGAUGCUGAAGGCCUGGCCCAGAUGUUCCAGGUGUUUAAGAAGUUUAACCCAGCAUGGGAGAGAGUCUGUACCAUCCUGGUGGAUCCCCACUUCCUCCCCCUGCCCACCCUCACUAUGGAGUUCCCCGCAGCCGAGGUCCUGCUCUCAGCCUUCCACAUCUGUAAGUUCCUCCAGGGCAAGUUCUAUCAGCUGUCCCUUGAACAGCCUGUGGAGAGGGUGCUCCUCACUUCCCUGCAGAGCACGAUGUGCUCGGCCACAGCUGGCAACCUGAGGAAGUUGUAUACGCUCCUGAGCAGCUGCAUCCCUCCGGCCCAGCUGCCCGAGCUCCACUCACACUGGCUGCUCAAUGACCGCAUCUGGCUGGCCCACCGCUGGAGAAGCCGGGCUGAGAGCAGCCGCUACUUCCAGGGCCUGGAGGUCACCACCCGCGUCCUCAGCCAGUUCUUUGGCACCACCCCGUGUGUGGAACAAGGCAUGACCUUGCUGCUCCGAUACAUGCAGCAGAACUCUGGAGACAAGGCAAGCUCCAGCCUGGGCCUGAGUCCCCAGAACAAUCACGCCCCCUUAGACGUCAGCCCCGAAAGCCCCAGAGUGGAGCAGUUAGUAGAAGCCCGCAUCCAGCACUCCCUCAAUGCCAUCUGCACGGGGCCAGCGGCCCAGCUCUGCCUGGGUGAGCUUGCUGUGGUCCAGAAAUCGGUGCACCUCAUUGGCUCCGGCUCAGAAAAGGUGAACAUACAGAUCCUGGAGGACACCCAUAGGGUGCAGCCUCAGCCCCCUGCCAGCUGCAGCUGCUACUUUAACCAGGCCUUCCACCUGCCCUGCCGCCACAUCCUAGCCCUGCUCAGUGCCCGCCACCAGGUGCUCCAGCCCGACAUGCUGCCAGCCCAGUGGACAGCAGGCUGUGCUGCCAGUCUAGACAACAUCCUGGGCAGCAAGUGGAGUGAGACACUGGACAAGCACUUGGCCGUGGCGCUCCUCACUGAGGAGGUGAGUCAGCUCUUGCAGCACUGCAGCCAGGAGGAGUUUGAACGGAGGUACAGCACCUUGCGGGAACUGGCCGACAGCUGGAUCGGCCCUUAUGAGCAGGUCCAGCUCUGAUUACCCUGUGCCCAGAGAUGCUCACACACACGUACACACUCACAUCCACCCCGACACACACACACCAACAUGCACUCACACUGUUGUACUUCCAUGGGCCCUCCCUCCAGGAAAGGACAAGGCUCUUCUAUUCUACUGCAGACUGCUACCUAAAAUGUGUCUAGUUCCUAAGACAGGAGUCAGCAAACUUUUUCUGUAAAGGGCCUAGCAGUAAAUACUCUAGACUUUGCUGGGCACAGUCUCUGUUGUAUAUUCUUGGCUUGGUUUUGCGUUGACAGCCUUUUCAGAAGGUUAAAAACCAUUCUUAGCUCAAGGGCCUUGCAAAAACCGGUGACCCCCUGCUCUAGGAUAAGACAGUGGAGAUCAAGGGCAGGGGCCUGGUAACAGCUUCCCCAGUCAUUAGAUGAUUCACCUGACCCACAGAGAAGGUGGAUCCCAGCCUUUGUCCCCUAUCCCCCACCCAGAGGUCAUUAAAGUCAAAUGUUGCCUAUUCCA